GCCGAGACGCUUUUAUAAGAGAACUUCUGGUAAAUAUAAAAGGACAAGAGAGCCAGAUGCAGGACCUGCGUCAGGAAUGGCAUCGAACGGCCGCCGCCAUGCAACCGCUUGAGGACGACGACCAGACUCUUCAGCACGAGAUCGACCUCAGCCUCCAGGCGAUUCAGCAAAGGAGGGACGCGAUCGAACAAGUGAAGCUAAGCAUCCAGGAAACGAACGAAGAGAAUCAGCAGCUCCUAGCCAACGCCAAUGCCACAGCAGUCGAAACACUUUCCCGUCGAGGCGAAAUGCAAGCUCUGAAGGGCCAGUUGACGCAGCUGAAAGCACUUUCCACUCAAAAGCAGGCGACCAAGACCCAGUUGGAACAGCAGUUCACAGAGCUGGAAAGCGACACGAAUGAAAUCCAGCAGGAAAUAGCUCAGCUGGAAAAGAAAACGAAAAUCCUCAAGAGUGUUAUAGUCGUACCUAAUGAUGAGAAAACGAGCCUACAGAAAUCGAUCACGUGGUUAAAGGAGGUUAUAACGAAGAAGCAGAUAGAAAACACCCAGCUCCAAAUAGCAAUUGCUCAGCUGAAUGGCACAAUAAGUCACCUGGUAACUGAGAACGAACUGCAGAGUAAUAAAAGGGAGACUAUCAAAGAAGAAUUAAAGGGACUCCAAGUUUCACUGAAUUCCCUGAGGAACAAGAGAGAUCAGCAGCAAGAGAUCUUAGCGGCGGCAGAAAGAGAACGUCUGAGCGACUGUAUUUAGCGAAU